UCAACUGCAGCAGCAUCACUUCUCUCUGGAUCAAAUAGCCGAAGCCAGCAAUAGCACACACAGGAGGAGGAGAGAGAUAGACACCAAGAAAGUGACCAAAACUCCAACUGCAAGGACCCGGCUGGCACCUUCCUACGGGCACAAGCCGGCUGAGAUUUCCCAGCCAGGAUUAAAGUGGAAUCCAAAGCGAGAAGACUUUUAUUUUUCCUUAUGGUACCUUUGGAGUGGAAGUAGGUAAGAAGGAGGAUGGGUCCUCAGACAUCUUCCCAACCCCACUUGAGUCCUAUGGGGUAAAAGAGAAGAAGAGUUGGACAUUCAUUCCCUUCCCAUCUGGAUAUGCUCGGGCAUUCGGUUUCCUUUCCAGUAUAGAAACCAUAUUUAUUUAUAUACAUCUUAAAUAUAUAUAUAUUUUUCUCCUCCAAGGAAGGAAUAAGACAAGGCUGGGAUAUUUUUUUCUCCUUUUUCUUCCUGCUUGUUUCUAAUUUUUUGUUUAACAUUGUCACUGUUGUCAUGAUGGAGCAGUGGAUUGUCCACCCAAGGGGCAACUCAACCCAAGUCUUACAAGAAGUGAAAGAAAGGACCACCCUUUGCUUGGGAGUUACAAGGAAAACCAAGGAUUUGGUGGGAUCGAGGCAGUGAGAGGAGAGAUUCUCAUUGGAUUCUAUCUGGCUGCAUUGCUUCAGAAUCUGAAGAUCAUUUUCUCCCAGCAGUACUAUUUGGAGGAAGGGAAAGGUGAGAUCCUAAAGGAAUCCAGGGACCUUCCAACCCCACACUGCUUCUUGCCUCAGGGAUGAGUACAGUCCGAGUCAAUCCAUACAGCAUAGUAUCCUCUGAGGAAGACGGGUUGACUUUGACCACCAUGCCUGGAGUCAAUGGCUUUGGCAACGGUAAGAUCCACACAAGGAGGAAAUGCCGGAACCGGUUUGUUAAGAAGAAUGGCCAGUGCAACGUGGAGUUCACCAACAUGGAUGAUAAACCCCAGAGGUAUAUUGCGGACAUGUUCACCACUUGUGUGGACAUCCGCUGGAGAUAUAUGUUGCUGCUCUUCUCACUUGCCUUUCUGGUGUCCUGGUUGUUGUUUGGUCUUAUAUUUUGGGUAAUAGCCAUUGUCCAUGGUGACAUAGAGAAGCCAACUAAGGAUGAAACAUUCACACCUUGCCUCCUUCAAGUGAAUGGCUUUGUGGCUGCUUUCCUGUUCUCUAUUGAGACUCAGACGACAAUUGGUUACGGAUUCCGUUGCGUGACAGAAGAGUGCCCACUUGCUGUCUUCAUGGUGGUCCUCCAGUCCAUUGUGGGGUGUAUAAUUGACUCUUUCAUGAUUGGGGCAAUCAUGGCAAAAAUGGCUAGGCCCAAGAAGAGGGCUGAAACCUUACUUUUCAGCCACCAUGCCGUCAUAGCCAUGAGGGACGGCAAACUUUGCCUGAUGUGGCGAGUGGGUAACCUGCGCAAGAGCCACAUCGUGGAAGCUCAUGUCAGAGCUCAGCUCAUUAAGUCCCGCAUCACCGAAGAGGGAGAGUACAUCCCGCUCGACCAAAUAGACAUCGACGUUGGCUUUGACAAAGGCCUGGACCGUAUUUUCUUGGUCUCCCCGCUCACGAUCCUCCACGAGAUCAACGAAGACAGCCCGCUCUUUGGGAUCAGCCGGCAGGAUUUGGAAACGGAUGAUUUUGAGAUUGUGGUCAUCCUGGAAGGAAUGGUGGAAGCCACCGCCAUGACGACGCAAGCGCGGAGCUCCUACUUGUCCAGCGAGAUCCUCUGGGGCCACCGCUUCGAGCCGGUCUUGUUUGAGGAGAAAUGUCAAUACAAAGUGGACUAUUCCCACUUCCACAAGACCUACGAAGUCCCAUCAACUCCCUGUUGCAGUGCCAAGGACUUGCUGGAAAACAAGUUCCUCCUCCCAGGCACCAAUUCCUUCUGUUACGAGAAUGAGCUUGCCUUCAUAAGCCGCGAUGAGGAGGAGGAAGAGGAAGAUGAUGACAGCAGAGCUUUGGACGAUCCGGGUUCAGACAACCAACCUGAAUUCGAUCGGCUUCAGGCUACUGUUGCUCUGGAUCAGAGGUCUUACAGAAGAGAAUCAGAAAUAUGACCCAGGACCCUCGAACUGACCUCAAGGGCAUUUUUCCCCUCUCUGGUCUCUUCCCUGCACUAAAUCAGACAAACAAACAAAUCCAACCCGAAUUAUGCAGAACAAUGCAAGUGCCAUAGGAAUGCCUGAGAAAUUAGUGUGGUUUGUAGGGUGUGUUUUGUUUCGUUAUUUUUUUAAAAGAAAAGAAAUGUCAUUGCAAUAACCACUGAAAGGCAACGGGCUGAGAACCCAUUGCCAAACCUCAAAGUCUUGUGAACAUCCAGUGCUAAUAAAGGUAUUUCUAGAAUGUACCGGAAGGCAGAUUUCAAUAUGGCGGCACCAUACUCUCGAAGCAAAGCAAAGCCCACUUUGGGCAGGAAUACUAUGGCAUGCAAGUGGGGGUCAAAAAUCCAGUCUCCCCUUUUCUUUCAUGAUAAUGAGGGUAAUUUUUUAAUAAAAGAAAAAAGCAAGGCGCUAUAAUGGCUCAAAAGGGAGAGAAGUAUCAGGAAAGCAAAACCAAUGGCGUGUUUCUUUUCUAUAAGAAGAACUGAACAAAUUAUCUUAUAUAUAACAAUAUAAAUAUAGAUAUACUGCCAAGACAGGUGAUUCUGUUGCACUAGAUCAACACUUGAGUCCUACAACCUAUAGGAGUCUUUUCUUUUUUUCAUUUGGGCGACAGGGAAAGGUGAGCUUGUUUUUAAAAUUUUUUGUCUAACUUCCCAUUUGGAAGACUGUUUACCAAAAAUACCCCUGUAAAAAUAAAAUAAAAUGCGAUUACUUCAGAAACAAGGGGAAUGGCAUAGCAACUGAAGCCGUGUUUGCUUGGAGGUAAGUUCUACUGUGUCAAAUGGAGCCGUUCUGAUGCCAUAAGAUAGAUUUAUGAUCUGGUAAUUCUUCAUGGCCACACUUGCAAUCAUGGCACCAAUGCCACAACUACAGAUGCCCCUGAAACCCACCUUAAAAGCCAGUUGGCCAUCCUGAAUGAUAGAGUGUGGUGUUGGUAAACGUGUCGCUGAAAGAGUAUGACAGCUACUAUUGUAGUAACUGGUGAGGAGGAGGAUCAUGCUGACUGGCUUUUAAGGUGGAUUUUAGGGGUCAGAUCAAGAGAUGGUGCAAAGCUAUGAUAUUGUAUCCAUGCCUCCAAUGCAGGAUCUCUAACUGACCAGACACAGCUAGCAAUUUUCAUAUAUGAAAUGUUGGAUAGUAAGUAGUUACUUGGAGAGAUUUCCAGACUCCCCCCCCUCCCCCCCGCCAGCAUAGGCCCUGGUUUGGGGUCUGGGAAGUGUCCCCAACAGGCAACUUUUCCAAACUUUGCUCUCGCACGCUCCUUUCUCCAGCGCAUCCUUGAUUGCAGUUGGAUAUUCUGAUCAAAAGACAGAAAGAAGAGAUGCCAAGAAAAUAUAACUGAAUAAUAUUAUUUCCCCCUGCGUAUCUUAAUUUACCAGGCUCCAGUGGGGAUGUGCCUUAGGGGAGAGAGCGAAAGAGAAUGAAAGAGAUGUGAAGUGUUCACUUUUUAAAAUGCGCCAAAAGCCAUACUGUGGAGCUCUGUCGUUUCUCCCCACCACCUCCUUCCUGCUCCCUAUUUCAUCUCCUCUGUGCAACUUCCGAGUAACACUCUGUUCUUCUUCAUCUUCCCCAGCCUUAGUGGGUGUCACACGCCCAUCCAUCUGGAGGAAAGCGUGUGACCAAACCACCGAGCGGAUCAUAAGCAAUAAACGCAGCUCGCGUGGCACAUAUUGCAAGCAAAUAUCGAUUGCCUUCUCCUCACCCCAGCUACUAUCCGUUAUUGGAAAAAGAAAGAAACAAAAAAGUAUGGGGGAGAUGGAUUCACAUUGGCUAGAUUUGCCCAGGAGCAAAGAGUGGUGAGAGUUGAAGGACAUCAGAUGUUCGUGACAGCUUGCAAAGAGAAGAGAGGAAGGG